CUCUUAUCGUACCAGAAAAGCUGAAAAUCCUCACAAAACUAGUCAUCCCACAUCUUCUUUAAUUUCGGAAGCUGCUGUUAUAGUUUUAUUUUCAAGAACGUAACCCCCCCGACCCCGAGAGAGAAAAAUGGAAGAUCUGGGGUUGAGCCUCAGCUUAAGCUUUCCACAGAACAGGACUGUUACUAAUCUCAUUCGCAAAACUUCUUGGACUGAUAAUUCAUUUCCUUCCUCAGAUCGGAACUCGGAGACAUGCAGAGUGGAAACGAAGACUUUCCUAAAGGGAAUCGACGUGAACCGGCUGCCGGAAACGGCGGACGCGGAGGAGGAAGCCGGCGUAUCGUCUCCGAACAGCACAAUUUCAAGCGUGAGUGGUAAUAAGCGAAACGACAGAGAAGCCAACUGUGAGGAGCAUGACAUGGAAAGGGCUUGCUCUCGAGGAAUCAGCGACGAAGAGGACGGAGAAACUUGUAGAAAAAAACUCCGUUUAACUAAAGAACAGUCCGCCGUUCUUGAAGAAAACUUCAAAGAGCACAGCACCCUCAAUCCUAAGCAAAAGCUGGCUUUGGCAAAGAGACUGGGAUUGAGGGCACGGCAAGUGGAAGUGUGGUUCCAGAACAGAAGAGCUAGGUGAGAUUUAAUAGCCGUUCAACUCAUCUCAUAAACUAAAAAUAGUGUGCGGACAUAAAAUAUAUGUAUAACAUGAAAUUGUGUAUAAUUUAUGUAUACGAUCUGAAAAAAGUAAACGUUAAAUUUUGCCGGUAUUUAUGUGGCAAUCUUUACAUAAAUAACCGGUCUAAUUUAUACACAAUUAUAAAUAUAUUAUAUAUUGAAUAUAUAUGUUAUAUAUUCGUUCGUCUAUUUUAAGUUUAAGUGCUCUGCUAACGUUGUUUAAGUUAAUUCUUAUAGGAUAAAUAUAUUAUAUAUUGAAUAUACAUGUGUUAUACAGAAGUUAGACUAUUUUAAGUUUAAGUGCUUGGUUAACGUUGUUUAAGUUAAUUCUUAUAGGAUUUUUCUGCUCUACUUUAAGAAUGAUGUAGACAAUGAUAU